AUUCUGAAGCUAUAGUGACCAUUAUGACGGAUAUGGGAUUUAUUCUUACUAAAUUAAAACUUGAAGCACAUAUAAAUACUUUUGAAAACGAAAAGAUUACUCCUGAUAUAGUUUCAAAACUAUCACGGAAUGAGAUGAGGUCACUAGGAAUUAUUCACAGUUCUGAUAUCAUGAAGUUAAGAGUUGAAUGUCUGAAAUUUGGAGGUCAGAACCUGCCAUUUCAAAAGCAGAAUGAGCCAAAAUUUGAGAUAUCAAAAGAUGUUCUAGAAGGACUCAUUGAGGCCGGGUUUUCAGUGCUGGAUAUGUCUCGGUUGUUAUCUGUCUCAGAAAGAACCGUGUAUCUCAAAAAUGAGCAGGUAUGAUUUACGUAUUUGUGACUUUACGGACAUCGACGAUCAAAGCCUUGAUUCAGUGGUGCAAGAUAGUUUACGUGAAUUUCCGAAAUGUGGAGAAUCGAUGAUUCGUCAGAUUUUAAAGUCAAGGGGAAUAAAGGUGGCACGCUCUAGACUUCGUGACUGCCUUCAGAGAAUUGACGUAGAAGGGAUCCAAGCCAGGAGAAAAAGAACUCUUCAUAGAAGGAUUUACAAUGUGCUAUGUCCAAACCAAUUGUGGCAUAUAGACACAAAUCAUAAAUUGAUACGUUGGCAUUUCAUAAUUGCCGGUGGCAUAGAUGGAUUCAGUCGAUUCAUCGUUUACUUGAAGUGCAUACAGAACAACAAAGCGAAGACAAUACUGGAGUGUUUUAUGGAAGGUGUAGAAAAAUAUGGCAUCCCUGUGCGUGUGCGUUCAGAUCAAGGCAUGGAGAACUACAGUGUGGCUAUGUUUAUGCUCGAGAAUCGCGGGGAGAAAGGGAUGAUAACUGGUAAAAGUACUCACAAUCAGCGCAUUGAGCGUUUGUGGAGGGAUGUAUUUGAGGGAGUUCUUUCAUUGUAUUACGACCUAUUUUACUUUAUGGAAGACGAAGGUUUACUAAAUCCACUAGAUGCCCAACAUAUAUAUGCUCUCCACCACGUUUUCUUUGACAAAAUAAACGAAAAGUUGUUGAUAUGGCAAAAUGCAUGGGCAUCUCAACGAAUGCGCACAGUUCGCAGUUCACCUCGUCAGUUAUUUAUCUCUGGUUGCGCAAAUAAUCCUGUAACAAUUACUCUACCUUCGUUCGCAAAUGGCGAACAUUUUGAAGAUGUUUCACAAAUAGAUGAGCUGCAAAUGGAAAACCCGAGACCUACUUUCGAGAACAUACACAGCGUAAGUGAGAACUGCCAGCGUGAACUUGGUUUGAACUGUCCGAAAGGGUGGACUUCAUCGAACUUUGGAAUUGAUAUAUACAUUAAGGCAUUAGAAAUUAUUAAGAGAAACGUAGAUAACAUUGAAAACCAUUAAGCGCAGGUACAUGUUUUAAGCUUCUUUUAGAUGAAAGUUGGUUACACAUACAAGAUGAAAUUCAAGACCGAAGUAAAAUUCUAUUGCAUUUCAACAACACCUUACAGAAUAGUUGUUGCAAUAAUUAGGAAUUACGUAUACUGAACUUUCUCAUUUUACAUGUCUGAUGCGAAGGCAACUGAUAAAUGUAGUUAACUGACCUUAUUUCCAUUAAGUCAUUCAGCCUGUUUAACUAAGAAACUAGAUACCAUAUUAUCAACAUAUAUAUCUUUGCUUGUGAUUUGGACAUGUAUCACGGUGUUGUACAAUUCUCAGCCAAUGUUGAUGAUACCAUCAGUUUAAAAGCGCCCCACAUAAUAUGAAAUGACAGAUGUGAGACUAAGUCUUGACUACCAUGCGAUUAUUGAUAAUUUCUUUUUAAAUAUUAAUCAAAUAAUGAUUAAUAAAUAGUUUAUUACACGA